AGAAAGGAGCGUUAUCCGAAACCUCCUGAUAAAGUGCUUGGGUGGUUCGUAAAAGUCGAAAUUCGGGUAACUUGUUGGCGCAUCUGCAGAGAUUCGAUAUCCCUUACUGUUCAACUGUCUGCAUUCUAUUUCUCUCAUCUGCCAUCCUCGUAACCUCUUUACACCAGACGAUGGAUGACCAACCAAACUUUGGUCUAACGCUGUGGGAUCAGCUGGAGAAUGUCGAAGCCUAUACGAAAAUCGGAACGCAAUCCCUGGAACGCUUCAAUGAAUUCCUUAAACGCCGAGCCGAAAUCGAGGCCGAUUAUGCGCGGUCGUUGCAAAAACUGGUCAAAGCGCACAAGGAGGAGUUGAAUAAAAAGGAGGGGCAGGGCAGUGGUAACAAAGGGUUGGGGGUGGCCGUUCUAAGUGGUACGGUGGCCCAAAGUUGGCUUCAACUCCUCACAAUGACCGAACAUACAGCAACAUUCCACACCAGUAUGGCAGAAAACAUGGACACUGAUUUGAGAAAAAGCAUCAAAAACCAAAUUAAAGAGAACGACAAAGUGUUUAAACAGCAUUUCGACGACCUUCGUAAAUAUACGCUGGACUAUCGCAAAGUAGUUGACAACCUCGAAAAGACUCGACAAAAGUAUGACAAGGCGACAAAGGACAUGGAUGCCGCGAGACAGGCCUAUGAGAGUGCAAAUCAGGAUAUGAAUAAGACGGCGAAGGAUAUUGAAAAGUUGCGAACCGAAGCGGAAAAGAAGGCAAUGCUUGCGCAGGAGGCAGCGACAGGAUAUAAGCAGUGCAUUGAGCAAACAAAUAUCGCCAAAGAAAAGUAUUAUACAGAGACCAUUCCAAGUGUCCUUAAUAUCAUCCAAUCGAAAGACGAGCAAAACCGUAUAGAUUUUUCGAAAAAUGCCUUUCUAAAGUAUUCAGGUCUCCUCGCUUCCCAAAUGCCGAGUCUCACCACCGCUCUCGAGAAUAUGGUCGACAUGUUUGAAAAAAUCACCCCCUCCUAUGACUCCGCAACAUUUAUCAAAAUGACACAAACACAUUCACCUUAUCCAGCUGAUUUCACAUUUGAAGAGCGAGCUUUGGCAACUUCGAAUCUCAACAAGAAGACGUCGACGAGAGGUUUCACGAAAACGCGGGAUGAGAUAGAUGAUAACAAGGAGGAUGCCAUUGUGGUCCUGCCUGGGAAGCAGGGUAGAAAGAAAGCUUUAGAGAGAAUCAAAGUCCUCGACAAGGAGCUUGCAGAGGUGGAAAAGAAACGAACAGGUGUGGACACGCUCAUGGCUGUAUACGCUUCGAAACCUGAGAUUGCCAAAGACCCGAAAGUGCAGCGCGAUUUGGAUGACCAGCAUCAGGCAUUGGAUCAGCGAAUAGCCCUCAUUUUGCACAAGAAGCAUAAAUUGCAAGUGUACAUCUCCACAUUGGACGGAGUAGCACCCCCCGACCCACCGGCGGUUCAAAUUGGAGGAAAGGCUUAUGGACAAGGUCAAUCAAGUCCUUUGACGCCCUUUUCUGAUUCAUCGAGCGUCGGAAGUGGCACGCCUGUGAGUGCCGCAAGACCAUUGAGCGUGCAUACUACAAAGAGCGAAGGAUCGUCCGGUGGAUUGAUUCCACAAUCAUCUAUUGUUGAAAGCCCUCGUGCGACAGAAGUUGAAGAGAGGUCGCAUCAUGGCAGCUCCCACCAAUUGGCAUCUUCACACGAUCAUGACAGCAAUCAUGACGGCAAUACCUCUGUGAUUUGUCGAGUGAAGCUAAUGUAUGAUUUUGAGGGAAAUGCGGACAAUAAUGAACUAUGUGUCAAGGCAGGGGAAGAGGUGGAUGUAUUGGAGAAGCAGGACGAUGGAUGGUGGAAGGCGCGUGUACAUCGACCAGACGGCAACUUGGAAGGCUUUAUACCAGGCAAUUACACGGAGGAAAUCUAGUAUGACAUGGGGGGGGGGGGGCGGUAGAGAGUACUAUACGGAAGCAGUCGUGCCACUGUGAGACUUUUGAGUUUCUUAAUUACAUUUCAAAAGAUGCACUUUUUUGAUGCAAUCCCAAUAUAUGUCUGCCCAACCAUGCCUGC